AUGACAGACUCCGAGCCCCAAGACCGGAUUAUUCGCCUGGUUAAUGACUUACCUAUUAUCAAGGAUACAGAACCUACACCCUCUGAUGCAGACUCUGAUGUCUCUGAUACCAAAUCUCCAGCUUCUGAGCGCAGUCAAACCUCCGACUCUGAACUUCCAGACAUCCCUCUACUUAUGGGUCUUACAUAUAAGGAAAUCAAGGCAUACGGGCUGAUAAUAUCAGCUAAUAAUAAGGCAAAAAUCACUGUAGAUGAGAUUCAAGAGUAUUUGAUUAUGCCUUCAUAUCCAGCUACAAAGGACUCUGGUAGUCUUGAGGACCCGGGAAUACUUUAUUUUAUCUACUGCUCGAACCCUAUCGGUCCUAAUAUAGAUUCAGAGAGCAUAAAUGCGAUCUUUACUAAAGAAAUAUCUUGA